AUGAAGAGAAUAAUUCUAUAUUGUUUUAUUCUAUUAUUAAAUAGUAUUAUUAAUCUUGCUUGUAAUAUUCAAUUUGAUAAUAUUGAUAACUUGAAUAUAUAUCGUAAUGUCUAUGAACGACAUAUAUUUAAUAUAAGUGGUCAACUUCAAUAUUGUCCAUCAUCAUUAAUUAUACGAAAUAUUUCAUUAUCAAAUCCAAUACUUAAACGUUUAAGUAUUUUAAAUGUAACAUUUUUUAUUCAAACAAAUCGUAUUAAUAUAACAGGACUUGCUCGAUUAGUUGGUUUUGCACCAGUAACAAUUCAACUUUAUUUUCAACAUGAUAUUGAUCAUAGAUCAAUUGAAUAUUCAAUAAAAAAUGCAACUAAUCAACAAAAACAAUGUGGAAAAUUAUCAUCAUCAGAUCGUAAUGAAAUUCUUGAAAAUUGUCCAAUGAUUAAAUUUGAAGAUGGUUAUUAUAUAUUAAAACAAACAAUAAAUGUAGCUGUAAAACGACGUCAAACAAUAAUUGAUAUAUUAUUUACUUCUGUUGUUAUGUUUCUUGUUACAGCUGGUACAUUAUGUAUUGGAUGUGGUUUAGAAAUCGAACAAUUACUCAAUAAUUUUAAACGACCAAUACCAUUAAUUGUUGGUCUUGCUUGUCAAAUUAUUUAUUUACCAUUAUUAGCAUUUGCUAUUAAAAAAAUUUUUCAAUUAGAUAAUUCAACAAGUUUAGGUUUAAUUUCAACAGCAUCUAGUCCAGGUGGUGGUUCAUCAAAUAUAUAUACAGCAUUACUUCGUGGUGAUGUUGAUUUAUCAGUAACAUUAACAUUUCUAUCAACAAUAUUAGCAUUUGGUACAUUUCCAUUGUGGAUACGGCUUCUUGGAGAUCGUAUAAUUGAUUUUAAAAAAGUUAAAUUUCCAUGGUGGAAUAUGUCAAUAUCAUUAUUAUCAUUAUGUUUACCAGCAAUAAUUGGACUUUUACUUCGUCGUUAUCGACCAGUUUUAGCUCAUCGUAUUGGGAGAUUUCUUAAUCCUAUUGCUUUUGGUUAUCUCGUGUUUAUUCUUACAUUUGGAGUUUAUAUAAAUAUGUAUAUAUUUUAUAUAAUUGAUAUAAAAUCCAUAAUGACAUGUUGUUUUUUACCAUGGUUUGGUUUUAUAGGUGGUUCAGUUAUAUCAUUAAUAACAGUUGGUGAUAAAAAGAAAAUAAUAGCUAUUUGUAUUGAAACAGGUAUUCAAAAUACAGGUGUAGCUAUUGUUUUUCUUCGUUUAACAUUUCCUCAACCUGAAUCAGAUGUUGCAUUAGCAAAUCCAAUACUUGUUUCAAUGGCAAUACCAAUACCAUUUAUUAUUUUAGUUUUAACAAGAUCAAUUAUGAAUAGAUUUAGUUUUUGUCAAAAAUUUUUACCAGGAAAACACGAAAAAAAGAUUGAAGAAAAAGAAAAACCAGAAAAAACUCUUAUUAAACAAUUAUUAAAUGAAACAACAAAUGAAGAUAAACAAGAACAAGAUCAACAAAUUCAUCGUCAGAUAGAUAAUCAAUCUUCAUAA